AGGCCCGCGGCACACCCAGGCUGUCUGCUGACUUGCAGGCUCUGUCCCAGGAAUGGGCCUCCCCAAACACCUUCUCUCCUGACAUGAGUUCUAGCUGCCUGCUGAGUCGACUGCCAGCUGCCAGGAGCCAGUACCCAGAGAGCCCUGAGGAGUAGCCACUCAGGACUGCAAGACCAGAGCCGCAGGCCCUGGGAGGAAGGAGUGGCUCCCUGGACCCGCCUCACCCACUUUUAUGGUGACAGCCGACACCUGGGCCCACCAUGAAUUGGGGGAUCUUCGAAGGGCUCCUGAGCGGGGUCAACAAGUACUCCACUGCCUUUGGGCGCAUCUGGCUGUCCCUGGUCUUCAUCUUCCGCGUGCUGGUGUACGUGGUGACGGCUGAGCGCGUGUGGAGUGACGACCACAAAGAUUUUGACUGCAACACUGAGCAGCCAGGCUGCUCCAACGUCUGCUUCGAUGAGUUCUUCCCUGUGUCCCACGUACGCCUCUGGGCCCUGCAGCUCAUCCUGGUCACGUGCCCGUCGCUGCUCGUGGUCAUGCAUGUGGCCUACCGGAAGGCACGGGAGAAGAAGCACAGAGAGUUGGUGGGGGAGAAUGGCGGGCACCUCUACCUGAACCCGGGCAAGAAGCGGGGUGGGCUCUGGUGGACAUACGUCUGCAGCCUGGUGUUCAAGGCCGGUGUGGAUGCCAUCUUCCUCUAUGUAUUCCACUCACUCUACCCCAAAUACACCCUCCCUCCUGUGGUCAAGUGCCACGCAGCUCCGUGUCCCAAUACCGUGGACUGCUUCAUCUCCAAGCCUUCGGAGAAGAACAUCUUCACUCUCUUCAUGGUGAUCACGGCUGCCAUUUGCAUCCUGCUCAACCUCAUGGAGCUGGCUUACCUAGUGAGCAAGAGGUGCCGUGAGUGCCUGGCAGCGAGGAAAGCCCGGGCCACCAGCACCUCAUCCUACAAACAGAACGACCUCCUCUCAGGCGACCUGAUCUUUCUGGGCUCAGACAUUCACCCUCCUCUCUUACCAGACUGCCUUCAACACCACAUGAAGAAAACCAGCCUGUGAGGGGCUGCCUGCACUGGGCUGAUGGGGGAGGCCUGGGUUGGAAGUCCCCAGCAUCUCUCAGGGGUGCAGCCGUAGGGGUGGGAAGCUGUGGGUCCAAAAGCCCAGGAAUAAAUCCAUGUUCCUCAGCCCUAGCCACCUGCCCCAGCUAUAUGCCCUGGGUGCCUCAGUUUCCUUUUGUGUAAAAUGGAGACGAUCAGGCCUACCUAAUAGAGUUGUUGCUGUGAGGAGGUGUUCAAUUAGAGAACGGAUAUGCGAGUGCCUUCAAUGUGUGGGACUCACGGUCAGGGCUUAAUAAAAGUCAACUCCCCCAAUGAUUCAACGUGCCCUUUGGUCCUUCAGCUUUUGUGACCCCUGACCCUUAUCAGGUCACUGGUUCAACCUCUCG